AUUUUUGACUUUUUGGAAUGUUCAACUUUCGCCAUGGCGCCCAUUCUUGUUCUUCGCACUUCAUUAUUUUAAGGCGUAAGGCGGUCGCUUUUAGAGUUUAAAUGGAGUAUUUGAAUAUUUAAAUGGAGUUUUAAAGUAACAAUCUUUAUCUAAGAAGAACUCUUCUUGAUUUGUACAUACACGAAUAUGUCCUCUUCUUGAUUUUUCAUAUGUUGUAAAGAAAAGAUUUGCUUUCUUAUUUAUGUUAAACAACAAUAUUUCUUACCUGCACCCUUUAAAUUCUUCCCCCUUUACGAUUAGUUUAUUAGGAUGAUGAAAUCAGAAAGUGACAUGGGGUUCGGAUAUUUGGUCAAAGUUCUUGAUUUUUAUCAAGAAACCUUCUUCUUGUUGGCUUGUUCUUAUUGUUGGCUUGAGGAAUCAGGCGUGAAGGUCAAGGAUAACUUGCUGGAUAUUAGGAAGGCGUUAUUUACAAGACUUGCACUGGAAUAUAGUAGUGUUUCUUUUCAAACAAAAGGUUGGGGUUUUGGAUGUUCAAGAAAAAGGUUUUGCUAUGCUGGAAAUGGGUUCAAGAAGUCAUGUCUUCCUCCUGAUUUUUGUAUCCCAAAUUCUGGCUAUACUGGGACAAACAAACAGCAAUGAUGCCACUGCUCUAUUUGCUCUUAAGUCUAGUUGGAAUAACUUGCCACCAAAUUGGGAGGGGUCAGAUCCUUGUGGUAGCAGCUGGGCAGGACUUAUCUGUGACAACUCACGUGUAACCUCAAUAAAGUUAUCAGGCAUGGGCUUGGAAGGCAGUCAGUUUGGAGAUCUUUCAUCAUUAACUGCAUUGCAAAUUUUGGACCUCUCGAAUAAUGUUGGUUUGAAAGGGACUCUCCCACCAUCAAUUGGAAAUUUGAAGAAUUUGACAACCUUAAUCUUAGUUGGUUGCAGCUUCUUUGGUCCAAUUCCAGAAUCAAUUGGUUCUCUGCAGCAGCUGGUUUUUAUAUCUCUAACUUCAAACAGCUUCACUGGGCCAAUUCCUCCAUCAAUUGGCAAUUUAUCUAAAUUGUCAUGGCUUGAUCUGAGUGACAAUAAAAUUAAUGGGACUAUCCCAAUCUCACAAGGUUCAGCACUUGGUUUGGAUUCACUAGUCAAUACCAGACACCUUCACUUGUCAAAAAAUCAGCUCUCUGGCCUAAUCCAACCUCAACUCUUCAACGCAAGUAUGAAGCUGAUACACGUGAUUUUAGAUCACAACCAACUGACAGGAGAAAUUCCAGAGUCUCUGGGAAGUCUGCAGAAUUUGGAAAUUUUGCGACUGGACUGGAACUCUCUCAAUGGAUCUGUACCUUCCGAGCUCAGCAAUGUUACAAGUCUCAGUGAGCUGUACUUGUCCAAUAAUAAUCUCAAUGGAUCAAUUCCGGACCUUGCAAGUAUGAACUUGCUAACCUAUGUGGGCAUGAGCAAUAACAGUUUCAAUGCAUCAGAUGUUCCAGAUUGGUUUACAAAGCUCCCUUUAUUGAAAACAAUAUAUAUGGAGAACACAACACUGCAAGGACAAAUCCCUGUUGACUUAUUCAGCCGUCCUAACUUGGAAACUAUAGGAUUAGCCAACAACAAGCUCAACGGGACAUUGGAUAUUGGGACCAGAUAUGGGAACAAUUUAACUCUUGAUUUGAGAAAUAAUUCUAUCAAGGACUUCACUCAGAAAACAGGAUACAACAUGAAUAUAUCGCUCGCUGGCAACCCGAUUUGUGAUGGAACAGGAGCAACAGCCAAAUACUGUGCAAUUCAGAUUUCCAAUGAUUCCUUCUCAUCACCUCUGCAGUGUCCAGCAAUGUCUUGCAAUUCUGACAAAAUAUUAAGUCCUACAUGCAAAUGUUUAUAUCCAUACACUGGGACACUGCAUUUCUUUUCCCUGUCCUUCUCAAAUUUAGACAACUCAAGCUACUUUACAACCCUUGCUGGCUCUAUGAUGUCUGCAUUUCUAUCCAAUGGGCUUCCAGUGGAUUCAGUUUCUCUAAGUGAUCCAACAGUUGAUGUUUAUUCAUAUCUUCAAAUUGAAGCACAAAUCUUUCCCUCAACACAGGACAGUUUCAAUCAUACAUCAAUUCCUUCCAUUGGUUACCUGCUCAACCGGAAUCCUUUCCAACUCCAAUAUUUUGGACCCUUUUUCUUUACUUCUGAAAGUUAUUGUUGCUUUGCAGACGGAAAUAAGAAGUCAUCAUCACAUACUGGUAUCAUCAUUGGAGUAUCGGUUGGCUGUGCAGUGCUUGUGCUCUUGACAUUUUGUGCUGGCCUUUAUGCCUUUCGCCAGAGAAAAAUGGCAAAAAGAGCUGGUCAUAGCAGUAACCCUUUUGAAUCUUGGGACCGUGAUACAAGUGGUGCUGUGCCACAACUUAAAGGAGCAAGAUGGUUCUCAUUUGAUGAGAUUAGGAAGUGCACAAACAAUUUUUCAGAAUCUAACUGCAUUGGAUCUGGGGGCUAUGGGAAGGUCUUCAAAGGAACUCUUACUACUGGGGAGGUAGUUGCAAUUAAAAGAGCACAACAUGGAUCAAUGCAGGGGGCUUUUGAGUUCAAAACAGAGAUUGAGCUAUUGUCAAGGAUACAUCACAAGAAUGUUGUAAGCCUGGUUGGAUUUUGUUAUGAGCAAGGCGAACAAAUGCUGGUUUAUGAGUACAUUUCAAAGGGUACUCUAAGGGAAAGUCUCUCAGUCAAGCCAAAAUUCCAGUUGGAGUGGACAAGGAGACUUAAGAUAGCCCUUGAUGCUGCUAGAGGUUUAGCAUACUUGCAUGAGCUUGCAGAUCCUCCCAUAAUACACAGGGAUGUAAAGUCAAAUAACAUCUUGCUGGAUGACCAUUUAACUGCAAAAGUUGCUGAUUUUGGCCUAUCAAAACUUUUGAGAGACGAAGACAAGGGCCAUGUCACCACUCAAGUCAAAGGUACAUUGGGAUAUUUGGAUCCUGAAUAUUACAUGAGCCAACAGUUGACUGAGAAAAGUGAUGUAUAUAGCUUUGGGGUGGUGCUGCUCGAGCUGAUUACUGCAAGAGCUCCAAUAGAACGAGGAAAACACAUCGUGAGAUUGGUUGCAGAGACCAUAUAUGAUUCAAAAGAUAACAGCAAACUAUACCAGUUAAUUGAUCCAAGAAUAGGUCCAGGUUCAAAACUCGAAGGUGUUGAUAGAUUAUUCACAUUGGGAAUGAGAUGUGUAAAUGAAUCCGGGGCUGAGAGGCCUUCCAUGGGAGAGGCUGUGAAAGAAAUUGAGAGUAUUCUUGAACUGGCUAGCUUGAGCAAGUAUACUGAAGGCGACCUCACUUCGUCUAGCUAUGAGGACACAACUCAACUCAGACUUGACGAUUUUUAUAAUGAUAAGGCUUUUGAUUAUAGUGGUAAAUUUCCUUCUGGUGGCAUGAACACCACUUAUUGAAACUACCAAGGACUAUAACUGUGAGUUACAUAAGUUUGUUAUUAUUGACCAUAUUACUAUGAAUUACAUUUUGUUUGAUUGUUUAUUACUAGUGAUGCUUCUGUUCUAAUACUA